AUGUACAACUCGACGCUGCUCUCUUCGCCCUCGACGCCGCCGCGCUCGAGCACCCUUCGGCAGUUCUCCUCGCUUCCCGUUGCACACCAACCGCUAAACUCGUCCCCGCUGGCCUCCUCCAUCCCCUCCUCGCCCACCUCUUCUCCCGGUGCUGAAGCCUACGCGCGCCGCCGCGCCCAGUACAAGGCGCAUAGGUCCAGCUCUCCGACUCCGGAACGCACGAAACGGAGUCAGAAACAACAGCGACGGGUUACGCUUCCGUCGUCGUUCCCGGUUUCUCUCACGGACACCGCUACGCCCACGGAAGAGGCGCCACGGACAACAUUCCUUCGCGAGCGGUUCCGGGCGAGGUGCUUGGAACGCGCACAGCGGGAUCGGGAGAGAAAGAUUAGGAGGCGGAGAGGCCAGGACAGCAGUGAUGGUGACGAUGAGCUCAUGGAUGGUGGCGACGAGGAGGAGGAAGAGGAAUUCAUGAACGAUGAGCUGUUCCACCGGCUCGUCUCAAGCAGCAAGCGUAAGCAACAGCACCAGUACCGGCUGUCGUACGCAUACGACGUUGGCUCGUCAUUCGAUCCCGAUAUGGAGAACGGCGCCGAGUGGGAGCACGAACUCGAUGAACGAGAAGCUGAACAGGCACAAGGCGCGCACAUUGUCCGCACGACACCCGCGGAUCUUGACGAGGAGGAGCUCGUGGAAUAUGCGGAGUAUUACGAAUUGCAUCUCGAAGACCUUCGCCCAGAGGACCUCUUCAGCGUGAGCGACGUGGAGGACUAUGGAGUAUCUGAAGAUGCAGACGAGAACACGUCACCGAAGGGCAAGACCAAGGCAAAGGAGGUCGUGCAAUCUGUUCAGGAUGCCGAUGUCGACAUGGAUGUGUGA